AAAUUAAAUUACUUUAUACUCCUGAGCUGAAGCACAUCAUGAACGAAUUUAAAUGAUAAAUUUCACCUGUCAACUCUAUUUUUCCUGUCAUUAGGGGUAUCUUUUUCAUGCAUAAUUUAUCACAAAUCCCAACAUCCUAAGAAUAUGCCAACCUUCCUUUUGGAAAAGCUUUGUUUCUUUAUUUUAAGACAUAAAAAUAGAAUUAGAAUGGUAAUUUUUAAAGAAUGAUAGCAAAUUUGUUGUUGUGUAGAUAUUUAUCAGAAAUUACAAGUUCUCUUUUUUUCACAAGGUGAUGUAACAUUUGCGGUCAAACUGAGUAAAACUUAUUUUUACUUAGCUUGACUGAGGGCAAAACUUUGUGGAAGGUCAGGAGGAUAAGCAAACUUACCACUAGGAGGCGGUGUUCUCUGUGUUUAGACUACCUCUAUGACCAAGUCACUGUAUUUGCUCAGACAAAACUAGUGUUUCAGGACCUGGACUUAAAGGCUCACUGCCCUGCUUUGGAAGUUUUCCUUCUUCAACACAUUUGAUUUUAAUUAGUGGCCUAACAAGAUUUGCUGAGCUGCAGCCAUCUUUAACUAGAGAAACAUCUGGACUAGAAUCUAUCAACAUUACUGCAGGGUUUUGGCAAUGUUAUAACAAAAAAUAAAAUCCCAGGAAAUCCUGUCUGCGCUGACUUGAUGGUGAGAGAAAGGACUUUUUUAAUCGAAAUAAUAAUAAAAUCAGAGUUUGAAGAAGAACAUACCUUGGUGCGGUUAUUACAUGCCAAAAACCAGAGAUUAUUUAUCAAAGGUAAACAUUUCAUCCAUUUAGAAAAAAAGUUUUUUUUCUUCUCUCACUAAAAUUUGCAGUGUCAUUUGCAAAACCUCAUACAUAUGUUUUGUUUUAUCAGAGGUGAUACUUUAUUAUUUAUCAUUAAAUAGUAUUGAGAACCUCACAGUGCCAGGGCCCCGGGCUGGCGGCCCUGUAAGGCCCUGCUAACUUCCGGCCCAACUCACAUUUUCCACUGAAUCCAUAAAAGUUAUUUUUGAUUCUUUUCUUUUUUUUCGUACCACUGCUGAUCUUUUAACAUCACCAUGGGGCAUUAUGUGUACAAAAUAUUAAAAAAGGGAAGCUAUAUUUUAACAGAUGUAAUUCUCAAGAAAAAAAAAACUUCCUGUACAGCAUGACUGGAAUCUUUUGUAAUUCCCGUGGAUCUUUGUUUACUUUAUAGGAGCAUAAUUGUGUUUGAUUACCACCUAAAAACCCCUGAGACCUGGAUAAAUAUAUGGGCUCAGCUGACAGUGGAGUCCCUGGCUGCCUGGUGUGGUGAUUUGGAAGAAUGAGGGUUUGAGGUUGUAAACUUAGCCAAGUCCAUCUCAGUUUGCAUGUUGUUCCUCUGCCUUUGUUAUGCUGUCAGUUACUCAGUCCUAGUCUUGCAGACAAAAAAUUUACAUAUAAGUGACUAGUAAAUAUUUGAUGCUCUAAGGUGCCUUUGUUAACUUUGUUAACUAUGUUUUUUAGAUCCAUUAAUUUACUAGUACAUCUGAAAUGGCCCCAACCAUUGAAGCAGUGAACAUUUUAGACCUUUCUAAUUGACAUCUGGCACAAAAGUGAAGUUACUAAUGAACUGGUGCAUUUUUGUCAACUGUACAAUCUAGCACACUGGUACAUGUACCAGUAUAAGUUAACUAGCUAAUGUUUUAGUUGCACUAGUGAAUAGGUAACAUUUUCAAAGCUUUGACGAGUGUACAUACGGUCUUUGUUGGUAUGUUUCAUCUACAUUAAUAAUUUUCUUUGGCAUUUAUUAUUGAUUAUUUAUAGCAUAACUAGACCUAUUGUUGCACAAGAGUCAACUUGUUAAAACUUUUAGUCACAUGAGUCAAAUAGUACACGCAUUUAAAUGUCACUACUAGAGGGCAUGAUUUGUGUCAGCUAGUUCUCACACUGAAUGCCAGCUGACAAAAUGUCAACUAGUGCAUAAAAAGGUAUAGUGAAGACAGCAGAGCUACUAGAAUAAAACUUCUACUUUUUGCUCCUAUUAGUUGACCAAAAACGUCUAGUAGUUGGCCAAAUGUUUCCUAUAAGACCAGCAUCAAAUGUUGAUCUGGCUUGGGCAAAAGUAUAACUAGAAAUGUAUAGAUGUAAAAUUGAUGUUAAUGAUGACGUCAAAGAUAUUGAAUAAAUACAAAAAAGCUUGUCAUAAACCUGGGCUUCCUUAGCGCCUCACUGUGCCACAGGCUGGAUGCCUUCAUGCGUAAUUCAUACAGUACACAGCUUCCUUUACCCCACAUUGUGUUUUAAAAUCAUCUUUAUUGAUCUCACGUAAUAUUAAAUAUUAUCGAGAAACUAAAUUCUGGGUUUUCAUUAGUUAUAAGUUUAGUCCUCAUAAUUUGCUUAAAUAAAUGUGUGAAAUAUGAUGCUCUGUUUGUAGCAAAUAUAAGACAUGAGUUUCAGAUUUUGACUUGAAAUCCAGGGACCAUUGCUGACACCCUGUCCCACUCGCCAGGCUUUUCCGAAUCCUCUGCUGUACUUAAAAACGUUUACACGUAGGCACGUCCUUUUGAAAUUCUGUGAGGCGAUGGCAAGUCUGGCAAUUAACUGUUUGAACGGCUUGCUAAACACGCAAGGGGCUAUCGGGUUCCUAGACUAUUCUUGUUCGUAUGUCCACAAGAACGUGAUCCAUAAAGAGCCAUCCAGGGAAAAGACAGACAUUUAGAACCACUGUAAUAUGAGAAGGGACGGACCAUUUGGUUCUUAAAGCAGCAUCUUUUGUGGAAUUUUCCGCUUCUCUGCCCUGACAUGUCCUCGUAAAACUGACAACUCUCUUAAACUCUCCAGUGCGCCGCUAUUUAAUAACAGCCAACUAUAACUUGUCAUUAGAGGGAAGCGCGACAUAUAACUGCAGACGUAACUGGAGUUAGCAGCACGGAAAGAAGGACGACACUAAAAGAAUGGCUUCAAGUACAGAAACGCACAUCAAAGACAAUGAUCCCCUGGAUGGCCCACCUCUGGACUUUGCUGCUACUGAAAGCUUUCUACAACAGUCAUUGACUAUGAUUUUAGAAGAUGCAGUGAAGAAGGCCACUGAUGUCAGACAAAAGGUUUGUGAGUGGCACUCCCCAGAGGAGCUGAAGGAGCUUCUGGAUCUGGAGCUUAGAGACAGUGGAGAGCCUGAGGCAAGGAUCCUGGAGCGGUGCCGAGAUGCCAUCAGAUACAGUGUCAAAACCACUCAUCCUCAUUUCUUCAACCAGCUGUAUGCGGGGCUGGAACCAUACUCCCUGGUGGCUAGCUUCAUCACUGAUGCCCUCAAACCCAGCCUGUACACCUAUGAGAUGUCUCCAGUCUUCACUCUGAUGGAGAAUGCUGUGCUCAGGAAGCUGAUACAGACAGUUGGCUGGGAGGAAGGAGGAGAUGGACUCUUUAACGCAGGUGGGUCGAUGUCCAACAUGUACGCCUUGAACCUAGCCAGGUACCGUCAUUUUCCUGAAAUCAAGGAGCUUGGAAACUCUGCAGCUCCCCGGCUGGCGGUGUUCACAUCACAAGAGUGUCAUUACUCCAUCUCAAAAGCUGCAGCUCUAAUGGGAAUCGGCACAAAGAAUGUCUUUGUGGUUCCGUCUGAUAAGAGAGGAAAGAUGAUUCCCUCUGCUCUUGAGGAGCAAAUAGAGUCUGUUAAAAGUGAGGGUGGAGUUCCCUUCAUGGUGAAUGCCACGGCGGGGACCACUGUCCUUGGAGCCUUCGAUCCUAUUGACGAAAUUGCAGAUAUCUGUGAGAAAAACAAACUGUGGCUGCAUGUGGAUGCAUGUUGGGGAGGAGCAGUUCUCAUGUCCAACAAGCACAAGCUCCUAAUGAAAGGAAUUCACAGAGUCGACUCUGUUUCCUGGAACCCUCACAAGAUGCUGAUGGCCUGUCUGCAAUGCUCAGCUUUCCUGGUCAGAGACAAAACUCAUCUCCUCCAGCGCUGCCACUCCGCUCGGGCUUCCUACCUCUUUCAGCAGGACAAGUUCUACGACUUGAGCUACGACACCGGGGACAAGUCGGUCCAGUGCAGCAGGAAGCCAGAUGCCUUCAAAUUCUGGCUAAUGUGGAAAGCUUUGGGUACCAGUGAGCUGGAGCAGAGGGUGGACAGAGCUCUCGCCAUGGCCAGGUAUCUUGCAGACGAAAUUACAAAAAGGGAAGGCUUCCGUCUUGUAAUGGAGCCUGAAUAUGCAAAUGUUUGCUUCUGGUACAUCCCACCAAGUCUGAGAGACCUGCCAGAUGGCCCAGAGUUCCAGGAAAAACUACACAAUGUGGCGCCAGUUGUUAAGGAACGCAUGAUGAAGAAGGGCAGCAUGAUGGUGGGCUACCAGCCUCACAGAGGCCAAGCCAACUUCUUCAGGAUGGUGGUGAUCAGCCCUCAGGUCAGCAGGCAGGACAUGGACUUUGUCCUGGAUGAGAUACACAGCCUGGGAAAGGAUUUAUGAUACGCUGACAGUUUAUCAGGUUCAUCAUAUCUUCUGUAAGUUUAUAAAGAAUCAUUUGCAGAAUCAUGUCCCUGCAUAUUUUGCAUUAAUAACGCCAUCAGGGUUGAAAUUUGUACUUGGAAUAUAUUACUUUUGGCACUUUUACCCUCAGUGACUCUUCCUCAUAUUUUCAAUUGAGGAAGCUGUUGAUAUCACGAGUGUGAAAAGCUAAGAGAUCUAAGUUUAGGGUGUCAGGUUUAGAUUUGGUUAUGCAAGUAGUUUUCAGCACACAGUGUUGUAAGAGUGCAAUGUUUAUUUCCAUGUCAUCUUCAGAUUCAUACUUUGUGUCAGAAAUAUUUUUUCAUGGAACUGGAACAAUAAUAAACCAACUAUCUCUGGUCGUUCUGAAGC